AUGCCGCGUCGGCAGUAUAUCGCCGACUUGAAGAAGGCCGAGGUCGGUGUGUCGAUUGCCGGUAUGUUUCUCCCUCAUGCCAGCCCAAGAUCCGUGACACAGAGGCCACCAUGCCUGCAAACACUGGACCAAGACGCUCAGUUUACAAACACCUCUACGUACAAGCUGCGUACACGGCGUCAAACUCACUCGCUUAAAGCCCAACUCACUGACCAACUAGGCAUCUCCCAAGUCAAGACUGGAGGCGAUGACGGAGAGUUCACCUUCCUUUGCUUCGCCGAUGGCAAACAAUACAAAUUCUCGGCGCUCAUUCCUGACGUUUCUGAGUAUCCUUCAAAUCAAAUGUACAUGUUGAUCGCGCCAGACGACGCUCCCAAAUCAGUUGCAAACGCUCUCUCCGGCAUCGCAGAGUCCGCCUUCGGUAAAUCAAUUGAGCAGCUACUAGAGCUUACAUCGCGGAAGCUGGAAUCGACAGACAACGAUGGUGAUCAGCAAAUGUUGAAUUCGCAAGAUGUCGGCAUGGCAGAGGAGGAUUCUGAAGACGACGACGUGGACGACUUCUUUCCCGAUGAUUAUGAGAUUCAGAAGCCUUUCUCGAUGCAGCCCGAUGACUUAUCUACACAAGGGUUUGCACAGCCAUCAUCCAAAUUUCGCUCUCGCAUACGUUCUGAUCUGCGGAGCGCGAAGGCCGCUGGUUUCAAAGUAGGCCAUUUGGGCGCACUAUUGGAGGGUCGUGGGUGUUAUGUUUCGAUUUCCUGCCGCAUAGCAAAAUUGGGCAUCUCCGAAGAGGCUAUGCAAGCUUGGCAGGUGCAGCCGCAAGAGUACCUCGUCGUCAUUCUUUCCUAUCCCAACGGCUACAAAAACAUGUCCGACCUGGAGGGUUACGAUGUGGCUACUGCUCGACGCCAUUUUGGCAUUAAGAUUGGCAUCAGCACCACAUAUAAGCCGACCUUGCAGGAGGCUGUCCAGGCCCUUACCAAACUCAGUAAAGAGGAGGAGGUGAAGCGUGAGAAAGAGAUGGAGAAAGGCCAAGAUGGCGGAUCUCAGUCACAAGGUGCGCCCGUGCACAAGGGUUUCCGGAACUCGUUCAUCUCGCGUCCGCUCCACGAUCUUCUCGAGAAUCGCUUUCCCCAGCUACUAAAGUUUCGAUACAACGGCAUGUCAUGGAACGGCGCUGAGGAAUUCUAUCACGACUCCCUCGGCUCUCACAAGCCUUCAGAUCUGGGUUUGGCAGACAAGUACAUGAAUGCCGAAGCGGUCGGUACGGCUUACCCUUCAGUCGUCACAGCCGAUCACAUCGCUGAUUCCUGGACUGGUGGAGAGCACUCACUCCCGCUAGUGGGCAUGCAGUUCGUCCUACGCCACUUCGUUCGUUGCACCGAAUUCUGCCUCAUCUGCUUUCGCAAGAUGCCAGAUGAUCUACAGGCUAUCAAACCAUACGUAUGUGAACAGCCUCUCUGCCUGUACCAGUAUAUGUCACUUGGGUUUGGGCCUAGCAUUGAACACGAGAUCCUUUCACAACCUAAGGUCGUUGAUUUACUGAUUAGCUUCUGUCACACGAGCGCACUGUCCGGCAAAUUGAACGACUUUCCCACUGGACUGAGCCUCAUGGUGCCGCCAUCAUCAGCAUAUGAAAGCGACUAUACAAAUGAUCAGCAAUAUACUUAUAACGGUUAUCCACAGUUCCAGAAGCAACCAGCAUCGCAGGCGCCUACUACAGGUGGUGCAGAGGUCAAGCCAGGUGAGUUACAGAACCACGUGCAGUUGUUUGUAUAG